UGCCUUGUUAUAUGAAAGAAGACCAUAAAAACCUUACACUGUACUCACAUAGGCAAAUUCGAAAGCGUUCGGUGUUUAGAAAGAGUUUAUUACGAUACUUGGCGUGUUGUAUUUUCUUGAACGACCCAUACCCCUUGUUAGACAAUUCUUAUAACUUUGCUUACUUAACAAAACGAGCAGCUGAAGACGUAUUGUGUUCUGCAUUGGAAGACAACGCAAAUUGGGUUAUCGAAACUUUGGAACAUUUGCUCCCGGAAAAGAAUCCUUGUGAUAGGUUGUGUCCAAACCACCUUUGGCAUAAGCAAGGAAUUUGUCGUCAUUUCGACUCGCAUGAUUGGUAUUUAGUAUACAGUGCUUGUUUAUUGGAAAAAUUUUUCAGUGAACCCUUUGUAAUAUUGCGUUGUGCUUUACAUUCGGAGAUCUAUUUUCGUUUAUUUCUUCCUCUUUCCCGACAUUUCAUAUCUCCUACUAUUGACCAAAUUUCAUUUUCUGCUUUAUCAAAACACACAACGACUAAGAAAACCGCAAAGAAAUCUUUUAUGAACCCGGUUCAGUCCUAUUUUGAAUAUAUAUUGAGUCGAGAAGUUUUGGUUAAGAAAAGUUUGUGUAAACGCGGCAGGAGAUUAGUAAAAGAUUGGGUUUCUAUUUGUGCUCCACAUCUUUGUUCUCAUAUAAGACCGCGUAUUACUUUACAUGAGCAUGAAGACCUUGUCGCUUCUUUAAAGUUUCUUCCAUCUCCCUCUUCCAGUACACCCAUUUUGUGUACUUUUGCACUGGAUGAUAAAAUUCGACUAUUCAGAGGUGCUCAUUGUAGUCUUGUAGUAGCUGGACCUCUUCAACAGACUGGAGGGACUGUGAUAUCUCAAGGUUCAACAACCCAUCGAGUUGGCCAAGUUGCCGCAUGUUCCUUGAGAUCGGAAUUGGAUAUCUUUGAUAUGGAAGUAGGAGAACGAGUUAGUUCCAUGUUUGCUCCUUCUUCUUUGAUUGUUCCAAAAGGUCGAAUCGAAUGGUACACUAUAACCUCUUCAUGGAAUGGCUUUAUUGCUACUGGAGGUAAUUAUGGAGUAGUUGCCUUGUGGGAUUCUCGAGUGUCUCAGCCUGUAGAAUUUUUCCAAACAAGUAAGAAACCAGAAGAACAAAAGAUUCGUUCUGUUGCUAUAGACCCUACGGAAACUCUAUUAGGUGCUGCUUGUGGACGAACAAUCUACAUUUGGGAUAUUCGAAAUUCUUUUUCUAUUUUUAAGACUGUUACUUCAUCAUCCCAUUCACAAGGCCCUAUUGACCACAUCUUAUUCGAUCCCCUUGAUAGUUUUAAGCUUUAUGCAGGUUACAGAGAUGGAAGUAUUCAUUCUUUAAAUAUAUUGAAAAAUAACAAACCUUUGGAGAAAAUAUUCAAGGAACAUGAAGCUCCUAGUGUUGCCAAUAGACCAGUUUCUGUGAACUUUGAUGCAUCACCUGAUGGUCGACAUCUCUUUGGUUUAUCACGUUUUGGAAAAGUGGCUGUAUAUGAUGUUUUAGGUGAUGCAUCUAUAGAGUCGAAGACCAUACGCAAUCAUUCGUUGGGUAGUACAUCCAGUAGUCAAAGUGUGACUAUUUCUUCUUCUUUGGAAACUCCUGUAAGGAGAACAAGAACAGCUUCUUUUCUGGGUACUUUAGGAGAUGAGUCUUCAGAACUUCUUCGGAUUGCAACUGCACAAAACCUGAAUUCUGGGAGCGAUAUUUUAUUUGCAACAGCGUCCACUUCAUUGGAUGUGACGCUUUGGGGAAUGAAAUGACUUGGUUUAAAAAUGAAUUGUGUGUGUGUGUGUGUGUGUGAAUGUACAGAGCAAUUGGUUGUAGCUAGGAAUAGUAUGAAUCUCCAUCUUUUGGUUUCUAUUUAUAAGCAUGUUUUGCUUGUUGCAAUAUUUGAAUGAUAUUCUAACCAUGAAAAGCUUUUACAUUUUAUAGGAUUUGUAAGAUAUUGAUGAACAAAUGAUAAAGUAUUUCAAGACAGGUCACUGUCCAUUAGACCAAU